GGGAGCCCCAGUCGGACGAGAAGGAACCACAGAAGCAGAGAGCCUUACUCCAGACUCAAGGGCCUGCUGCCCACCAGGUUGAUCCAGUACCCACCACUCCCUUCUAAAGGAGGAAUCACCGUGACAACAGAGGACCUAGACUGUCUGGACAGUGGCCAGUUCCUCAAUGAUGUCAUCAUUGACUUCUACCUUAAGUAUCUUCUCCUGGAGCGGGCCCCGGGGCCCCUGGCAGAGAGAUGUCAUGUCUUCAGCAGCUUCUUCUACAAGCAGCUGACCCGCCGGGACACGUCCCUGGAGGAGGAGGCUGCCAUCCCGGCCAGGGACAGGAGACACCAGAGGGUGAGGACGUGGACCCGCCAUGUUGACAUCUUCAACAAGGACUACCUGUUUGUGCCGGUCAAUCACAAAGCGCACUGGUACCUUGUGGUGAUCUGUUUCCCUGGCCUGGAGCAGGCCCAGCAUGAGGAGUGGUCCGGCCCAGCUGGAGUGGAGGCCAACGGGGGGAAGAGGAAAUGCCAGCCCCAGGCUUCAACUGGGCCUUCUCCAGAGGCCAGCAACCCCAAACUGCAGAACGGAGCAGGUGGAACAGGGGGAGACAGUGGGAAACCUACAUUGAGGACCCACAACCCACCAGCGUGCACCCAAGAUGGUUGUCAGAGGGAGACCAUCAUUAAGAAACCCUGCAUUCUCAUCAUGGACUCCCUGAAGAUCUCUUACCAUGAGAGCAUCUAUAAGCUCUUGCGGGAUUACCUACAUGUAGAGUGGGAGGUGCGUAGAGGAACACGCAGAGACUUCACUGUAGACAGUAUGAAGGCUUCCCACUGUACAGUCCCUCUACAGGACAACAGCAGCGACUGUGGCCUCUACCUCCUGCAGUACGUGGAGAGCUUUCUGCAGAACCCAGUGGUGCACUUUGACCUCCCCCUGCGUUUGGAGCGCUGGUUUCCACGGCAACAGGUGUGGAGGAAGAGGGAGGAGAUCCGGAGCCUGGUGAUGGAGCUGCACGGUUGCCAGGGCAACGGCGGGAGCAGCUGCAGGUAGCCACGGUACCUGAUCAGCAAUGCACUACUACUACAACACGCCUAAACUGUGAAGGACUUUGACUUUUUAAAUGUACAAUACAUGGAAUAUUUAUACUAUUUUUGUAUUACUAAUUUUUAAAUAAAAUGUCACAGGAUGCUUGUUUCUCACUUGUAUGUAAUGUGAAUAUCCAAAAUAAUAGGAUCGUAAAAUGGAAUAAAAUUGUUAAUGUAAUGUUUAGUUUUUAUGUUAUGUUAUAGAAGAGAGCAUUUGGAAUGGACAUAUGAGUGUGUGCUCAAAUCUAGUUUGCUGAGCAAAAGUGUAACUCAUGUAUCCAGAACAGGUUUCUUUUUCAAAUGUCCUUAUGACUCACACAUAAAACCACUAUAAAUAUUAAAGUCAAUAUUACUCAGUUAUUUCUGUUCAGUGUGUCAGGCUGUUGUUUCUGACCAUCAGUCAUAAAGGACUCAAUAUGCACAUGAUUGUUUGCAGCUGCUAAACAAUAGUGUUAUCACUACAGACAAUUCAACACGUUGGCAGUGUUUUAGUUUUGGCUCCUCAUGUUGUAGCUGCUUCGUUUGUAAGAGAAACCCAAUGUUCCAGUGAGGAACACCAAGUAAAGCUUUACACAAUGACCACUUGUAAUAUGAGGAUUAGAACAGCACCUCUCCCCUGUUCUGUUUACAGGCAGAACUCAAUUCCCCUUUGUGUUUGUGCUGUAUGAAAGUCUAUGGACCUGACUCACUCUGUCAUCAGAAACAGAAAUAACAUUCUCCCCACACAGUAAAGGGUUUCCAUUUGAGUUUCUGUUUGUUUUCACGGUGUAAACAUUGAUUUGUUAAUGGCAUGUUUAUAAUGAUGUAUUUACAAUGGUGUAUUUAUAAUGUGGUAUAUUCCUGGAUUAAAGAUGCCCCCAAAGUCUACCUAGCAACGGCUGGACAGAACUCUCUUCUGUCAUCAUCACAAUAUUGUAGAGCGAGAAUCCCAGAUAUGUCCUUUUAAGUUUUUGUGUGUUUUUCACACGGGUACAGUUAAUAGGUUUUUCAGUUUGGGUCGUUAACACUAAGUCUGAUAGGAUAUGUGCUUAACCAUAUGUACUUAAUUGGGUUAAGUUGGUACAAUGAGCGUUUUUGGAUAAUUGGAGUCUUUGGUGUAGCCUCUCACAGCAUGUGGGCCCCAGACAGAGCCUUCUUAGACAGGACAGAGCCCCCCUCCCCCUACUGCUGUUGGAAGGGUAAAGGUCACCCCCCCACACCUCCAAAAUGAGUUGGGCUACCCUUUUCCUAUUCGCCCCAUCCAAAUCUCUACCCCAUUGAUUUAGCCACUGUCAGAAAAUGGCCCCACUACUACAGUAUACAAAUGAGUGUUUAUCAAUUCUUCCAUAUUGUUAUUCUAAUACUAUAUAAUUAUGUUGGCUUUAAUUCUGUCUUAUAGUUCAGUAAAAGCCGUAUAGUCAAAUGCAGUAGCGGGUUUGAAGGUCUAAGUUGUGCUGUUAAGAUAAGGCCAUAGGUCGACUGGUUCACUAUGGAUGGGCUUUACGGGUUCAAGGGUUCCAUAGAAUGAACCAAGGACAUCCAUACUGCUUAACUUGUCUUACACCUUCCAGCCUACAACUACUAAUGCAUUGGUUUAGGGUCUGGAGAUCAGGACUGAGAUCAAUGUCCUUCCAAUAGACCGGUCCAGAUAGUCAACAGGUAGUCUGGAGACGUGUUUUAUAGAGAACCGUGUUAAAGCAGUUUGAAGUUUUGUUUUAAUUUACAGAUAGUUUAACCCAUUUAAAUGAGCUAACAGCAAAUCUAUUUUGUAAUGACAAUAAAGAAACUCCAUCAAGUGA